UAAAGCUUGGUUGCUGAGUAGAAUGGUAGUAUACAGAGAUGGACUAUUACAAACAGCUGUCUUUCACAUUGCUUACGUUCUCGGUGUUCUUAUUUGUAUCAGGUACUGGUGAUGAACUUCGAUAUGUUGGGUGUUUCGAUGUCGCCCACUCUGUACUCUCAAAACUUCACAAGUAUUUCUAUGGUUUGGAUUUGGAUAAGUGUGUCAACUAUUGUGCAGCUCUAAACACCCGAAAAGCUGGGAUUCAUAAAAGUGGAAACUUUUGCUACUGUGGAGAUGGCAUAGCUGAGAAUUCGGAGAGAAAGGACGACACCUUGUGUAACAUUUCCUGUGGUCAGGACAAACCGAGAGCAAACAGAACCUGUGGUGGGGAAAAUGUCAUGUCUCUGUACGAUAAUUUCCCGACAUUAAAACCAACAAUGGUUGAUUACAAUAUCAGUUUUCUGCUGGGGACAGCACCUGAAGGCGUCAGACUCUACAGGUCACCUGACUUGCACAAAUAUGAUACCUUGAUGAGUGCCGAUACCUUAAACGAUUUCUCAUCAGACGAGGUUGACUAUCACUAUGCCAAAAAUCUUGGUUUUGCACUGGCCGAUGGGAAAAUCUACAAGUCAACAUUGACUCCGAACAGUAAUGCCAACUCAACUGGCCCUACUGUGAUUAAAGAUGAUUUUCCGAUAGCUAGUUUUGCUGUUGAUUGGUUUCAUGAUACUAUCUAUUGGGCAAGUCGAGAUCACAGUAACUACUCUGUAAAAUAUGUAGACCUUGACGGAGGCAAUGCAACGACCUUGCUGAAGAUACAAACGAAUGGUACAGUUCAAUGCAUGGAAGUAGAUCCAUACGAAAGGAAGCUUUUUUGGAUUAGAGAUAGAGUAAUUGAAACUGCUGACUUGUCAGGAAAGAAUUUCCAGUCAAGCAUCAGUGACGAUUCUGAGUUUGUACUAACAAUGACUCUGGACUUGGAGCGUCAACAAAUCUACUACGUAUCAUACUACAGCCGGAUGCUAUCAUCAUUGAUCAUCACAGACUACAAUGGACUAAAGCUUCAACAGCCAAUCAACAUUGCUGACUCCACGCCUUCCUUCAGCAUUGGUAUUUUCGGGGGCCAACUAUUUCUGUGCAGUAAUGGAGCAACAGAGUAUACGCUUUUCAAGAUGAAUCCAGGAAAUUUUACUGAAAAGAUGUUCGUGAAGGCCUUUAGAGUGGUUGUUCAACACAUGAAAUUAGUCCAUCCGGAUCUACAAAAACCCCCAAAAUCCAAUAAUUUAAAAGAAAUCAAGUGAACUAUUCGUAAAGAUACUGAAGAGGAAUUACACAUUAAUGCUAUGAGUAAUAUCCACUAAUAUUAAUCAAACUGAUUAGUUAGCAAUGAAACAUAUGUAGUACGAUUAAUAUUACUGUAUUGCAUAAAAUAAAUUAUUUAAUUACC